CAUAAAGUCACCAACACGCAACGGAGGUUCGAUUGUCAUUCGGACACACAAUCACACGUCUUCCUGCCUAGUAAAUCCCCCCAGCAGCCAACGCGUCAGCCAACAUACUUCAGCCGUGGUUAGCAAUCAAAACCCCAUGCCUCCUCUAAGAUCCCUGAUACCUCGUCUUAGAAUGACCCAGCUGCCCGCGCCAGACCGGCCAUCGCAGGUCCAAGACGAUAAUGCAUCUGCGGAGAAACCUAUCAGACACUUGGCAGAUCUGCCUGAAAGUCGGCUGUGCAGGUAGUAUCCUCAAUCCUGAGUUUAUCAUGCAGUCUCCAGCCAGGUCAAAUAGAUCUGCCCUCGUACAGCCUUCCGCAUACCUCCAUAUGCAGCACCACACGUUUCCAGUCUCGAUCAAACUUUACUAGAAAACCCGCCCAAUCAUGACGUCAAGAGGGAACGCCAGUGAGCUGGUCGACGCACUGGCCUCUGCUUCUAAACAUGGAAAGCCAAUCGGAUCCAUGUCCAGUGCCAUCUAUGAUACUGCGUGGGUAUCCAUGGUGCGAAAGGCCUCGUGUGACGGAGAUCCCCAGUAUCUCUUCCCAGAGGCUUUCGACUUCCUCCUGAGCUCCCAAAAGGGAUGUGGGAGCUGGGAGGAUGGUGGAUCGGAAACAGAUGGCAUCCUGAACACCCUGGCCGGACUCCUUGCUCUGUACCACCAUAACAAACACGAUGAGCGCUUCCGUGGUGAUGAAGAUCUGCUCCAACGUAUCACCCCAUCGCGGACCUGGUUAGAGCUAGCUCUGACAACAUGGCAAGUCGAAAAGGCAGACCAGGUCGGAUUAGAGAUGAUUGUUCCGGCGAUCGCAAAGAAGCUCGCCGAGGAAGGAGUCGAUCUGCCUAUCCCGGACUCUCUCUUGCAGUUGCACGUACAGAAGAUGGGGAAGUUUGACCCAGCUGUGUUGUACGGCGCACAACAGACGACCGUAUUGCAUUCGCUAGAGGCAUUCCAGGGCGUGAUUGACUUUGAUAACGUCGCACAUCACGUGGUUCAUGGUAGUAUGUUAGGCUCGCCUUCAUCAACAGCAGCAUAUCUCAUGAAUGCUACGAAGUGGGAUGACGGAGCAGAGUCUUAUCUCCGCGUGGCCCUUGUAGACGGUGCCGGAAAAGGAAAUGGCUCGUUUCCCAGUGCAUUUCCAAGUACUUACUUUGAGAUGUCGUGGGUGUUGACCACGCUGCUGGAAAGCGGGCUUACAGUGCAAGAUUUGGGUGAAGACAACGUAAUGUACCUUGCAGACGUCUUACAGGACGGAUUAGAUAGAAAUGGUGGCUGUCUUGGCUAUGGACCUGGCUUCCUUGAGGAUGCAGACGAUACUGCCAAAGCAGUUUUGUUGUUGCAACUAGUUGGUCGACAACCACCCGUGUCUGCUCUCAUUGAACGAUUUGGCACUGACAGCUUGUUCAGAACGUAUAGUUCGGAACGCAACCCAAGCUUCAGCGCGAAUUGCAAUGUUCUCCUGGCACUCAUUAGUGAUGCAGAUGCUUCUCAACAUGUGGCUGAGAUCAAUAGCAUAGUCUCAAGUCUGUGUGAUGCAUGGACUGGAAGUCUACCAAAAGACAAAUGGAAUAUAUCCCCAUACUACUCCACGAUGCUGCUGGCUAUAGUCUUCGUAAAGCUCCUUCAGCAUCCAGUCGCAGCUACACUGGAGUCAAGGCUCACGUCCCGGAUACCGCAGAUUCUGCUCAACAUGGCUCGCCUUACUAUUGUCACGCAAGAUAGUGAUGGAUCCUGGGAGGGAGGAAAAGCAGAAGUGUCAGCUUAUGCCAUACUCGCGUUAUGCCACAUGGCUCGCCUGGACUACAUGGAGAGCACGCUCCGAGGUUGUCAAGCGAUUGUCCAAGGCAGACACUUCCUGGACAGCCUCAUCGGCACGAAUGUUAAGCCAGACAAGAUCUGGAUCGAGAAAGUGACAUACUCGUCGCCGUCGCUCCAGACGGUGUACCUCGUAGCCGCAAGCGUCGCAUCUGAGACUGCAUCUAUACCCGUGACCCCAACACUCCCUGCGCAACUGGGAAUGGAAAAGAUGGCCAAGUUCUUCUCCAAACUCCCAGCUUUCGCAAAGACCAAUCCAACUCUCAUAAAGCUCGCCAUCGUGGAAGCCUCCCAUUACACAAAGAAGCUGGAAUCCGUGCAACACGACAUCUUCCCCCGUCAAACCGCAAUGAAAGGGGGCUACCUAACCUACAUCCCCGUAACAUGGCUUGCGUCAAACAUGACAACCAACGCUCUCGACGCCAGCCAGCUCUGGACCAUGAUGCACAUCUCCCUCCUAAACUACCAAGUCGACGAGUACAUGGAAUCCGUUAUCGACACCCUCAGCCCCACCGACCGCGCUCGCGUCCGCCACUCCAUCCGCCAAAUCUGCCACACGCCCGACCUUUCACACACACCUCCCACUGACACUCCCACACAACAGCACGACGAACCCCCCAAACAUUCCCCCGCCUACGGAACACGACCAAUCGACACGCCCACGCCUAGCGACUCAGACUCCGACUCCGGCACCAGCGACACCCUCGUCGAAAUCACCACCGUCCUCACAGCAUACACAUCGCACUUCUUUAACCACCCAACCGUGCUCCGUAGCCCCGCAUCAGCGCAAACCCGACUACGGCGCGAAAUGGACGCGUUCCUCCAAGCACACAUGGAGCAAAUCGAGGACAACGCGCGGUUCCGGAGCGCAGACACAGGAUCUGAACGCAGGUAUGCGGCGUCCAAGACGUAUCAUACCUGGGUCAGCACCACGUCUGCGAACCACACUAGCUGUCCCGUGUCGUUCUGGUUCUACGGCUGUCUGAUUGGGACGGCGGGGCGGGAUGUGUACGGUGGUGCGCGGGCAGGGUAUUAUGCGGAGGCGGGGAUGCGGCAUCUCGCGACGCUGUGUCGGCAGUAUAAUGACUUUGGGUCUGUGGGGCGGGAUCGGGAGGAGGGGAAUGUGAAUAGUGUUGAUUUUCCGGAGUUUUGGGACGGGGAGGGGGGAUGGGAAGAGGGGCGUGCGAAGGGGGAUUUGUUUGCGUUGACGGGGUAUGAGAGGGAGUGUAUGGAGGGGGCGUUGGGGAGGCUUGGUGAGGAGGUGGAGGCUGGGGAGAUGGAGAAGGUAGAUUUGUUUGUGCGGGUGACGGAUUUGUAUGGGCAGAUCUAUGUGGCGAGGGAUAUUGGGUCU